AUGUUACCAAGCAGCCAGCACCAGCAUCCGUCAUCCCAGCACCAGUCGGUUGUCUCUCAGGCAGAUCAACAACAGCAUCUGCUCAAUACGGUAGGCAUGAGCGCCGCGUACACGGCCACAUCGACCAGCUACAGCAUGAGCUACCCGGUGGUGACCGGACAUCAUCUCAACGAAAACAACAAUCUCGUGAUGCAUCCCUCUUACGGUAAACCGGCGGCUCAUGUUGCCCAUCAGCUUCCACCGGCAUCGCUCAUUACACUGCAACCGGUUCCGCUGGAAGCCCAUCAUUCUUCGCUUCACCACGUGCCCGGUAUUGGUCAGCAGCCUUCGCACACGGUUACUUCGCUGGCACCGCCCCCGCUGCAACAGCAGAGUAUGUCCAGUCUUACGCACUCGUCACAACAGUCGUCCGGCUCUCAGUGUCCUUCCGGCAUGAUGAGUCAUCAAUCGUCGAUGAACGACCCAAACGGGAACGGUAUGUAUCAGGACCGCCGAGCGGCGGACACAUUCUCGGCUCUGAAAAUCGAUCUUCUGGAUGUAUCCUCAGAUUACAAGCACUGCACCGGUGCUGGAGGUUUAGCGAAGAUCAUUUUACAGUCUCCCUCUUUCUCUCUGGGUCGUCGUGUUCGGGCUUCAGCUUUAGCUUCGACGACGGACGACCACCAUCGAACGUCUGGUGCUGGAGGUUCUUUUGUUUGGGUAAUGCAUGCGUGGAUCCGGUGCGGCAAACAACAGCAACAACAACAACAACAACAAUGA